AUGAAGGUAGGAAAGUUACGCGAAUACCAGUCCAACGGCCAUGCCGAUGGAGGUAGGGCAGCAGACAAGGUUGAAAGCAGAAUCCCAAUAAAAGGCACGAAACCGAUCAUCAGAGAAAUAUUGGCCAUACAUGGAGCCCCUUAUACCGCUGUAGAGGAGGAAGUGCACUUGAGGUCGGAAACCCGCCAAGCAGAAAAGAUUCGUCGAGUAUGCCAGAUCAUGGAUAGCCCCUUGGCGGGGCAGAGCUCGGCCCCCACAUCGGUAAUUAGUUUCUCCGCGGCAGAUACCAUUGGCAUCCAAUUUCCCCACCAGGAUGCCUUGGUGGUAUCCACCCAAAUCGCGGACGCCCUCGUAUGGGGGAUAAUGGUCGACGCUGGGAGCAGUGCCGAUGUCAUAUUCUGGGAAGCAUUUGAGCAGCUCGGAUUAGACAAGACACUCAUCCAUCCCAACAGAGCCCCGUUGACGGCCUUUGAAGGUUCCGAAAUAUGGCAUGUGGGCGAGAUUUCAUUACCGGUGACGACGGGAGGGAAAACUGUGGAGGUCGAUUUCGUCAUUGUCAAGAGGCCAUCGGCCUACAAUGCCAUCCUAGGCCGGGAUUGGCUCCAUAGGAUGGGAGCUGAGGCUUCAACUAGGUGUCAGGUACUCAAGUUUAUUUCAGAUGACAGCCAGCAGGUGAUAUUGGUUCGAGGCGAUCAACUGCUCUCCAAGAAGUUGUAUGCCAUGGAAAUCAAGCGCUCUCCGCCGCCAAAUAAGGGUGCGGAGGAUCCAUCGGCAUAG